ACUCACAUUGUUGCAAUACAGUAGGUCCACGUACUUGCAUGGGCUGGAGACGUAACAUGUAUAAACUGCCCACUAACCGGAUCUGCUAUUUAACAGGUGUAGCAGCAAGAGCAACAGUGUCGUUUUUAGACAGACCUAGUCCGGGACUAUGCGCUCAGUCUGGGGUUUAAUUGCCUUGGUGGCCGCGGCAACUUUUUACUUGUAUCUGCUGUCUGCGUUCCUGCCGCCGGGUCCGCGUGCCGCGCGCCUUCACGACGCUCAACCUGAACACAACGCCGAUGAACCGCAGGAGGAAGAACUUAGGUUGAAGUUCCCAUCUGAUCUGGAUGAGUUGAGGGAACUAGCUGAGCUGCUGCAGUUCUAUAAGACAGAACACACUGGAUAUGUGUUCAUCCUCUUUUGCAGUGCCUACCUCUACAAGCAGUCCUUCGCCAUUCCAGGCUCAUCCUUUUUGAACAUGUUGGCAGGAGCAUUAUUUGGGCCGUGGCAUGGACUCCUCAUUGCCUGCACUUUGACUACUGUGGGUUCCACCAACUGCUACCUGCUGUCCCGUACAUUUGGCAAAUGUCACAUCGUCAGGCUCUUCCCUGAGAAGGUGGCCAUGCUGCAGAGAAUGGUGGAAGAGAACAGGAGUAGUUUGUUCUUCUUCUUGCUCUUUCUGCGGUUCUUUCCCAUGACACCAAACUGGUUUCUGAAUGUCACCUCUCCAAUCCUCAACAUCCCCAUCCCCAUAUUCUUUUUCUCCAUCCUCAUUGGUCUAAUCCCUUAUAAUUUUAUCUGUGUCCGUACGGGUGCCAUAUUGUCUGAGAUCCACUCUUUGGAUGACAUCUUUUCUUGGAGGACCCUGUUUCAGCUCCUGUUGAUCGCAUGUGUGGCUCUUCUUCCUGGAGCUCUGAUCCGCCGCUAUAGUCAGGCCCACCUCAAACUUGAUGGCCUGGAACCCAAUGGACACCAAAAGGUCCUGAAUGAUCGCAAGACUAGAUGAACCAAAGACACACAGAAGAGGAGACUGCAGCCUGUUAAUAUGGGACUGAUCAUCGGUCUGGAGUCACAGCUGAGGAUUUGGUUAUGAAUGUCUGAAUGCAGAGUGGAACUGACAUGGACAGAAAUAGAAAAUAUUAAUUACUGAAUGUCUAUAAUGAAGAGACUAUUAAUGUCUUAAAAGAGAACACACUCAGAUUGCUGACGUUACAUAUAUAAUACUGGACAUUGCCUCAUUAUAUAGGAAAAAAAUGAAUCUGACGGCCUAGCCUUUAAGUUUUUUUACUGAAGCAAAAAAUAUUUACGUAUGUUUUAAAAUGUUGUUUAGUGACCAUGUUUGUUUGUAGCUUUAUGUGUGUUUAUGGCUUUAUUUAGUUGUGGAAACUGUAAAUAACUGUAAGUUCCAUGUAUUUUUGAGUCUUUACACAUUUUAUCAAAAUAGAACUAAUGAUUAGUUACUUUCCCCCCUAAAUGGACACUGAUAAAAUAGUGACCUUAAAAUGAUCACAUCUAAUUAUCUGAUUUUAUUCAAGUCAAAAAUAUUAUUUAAUAUUGCUCAAUUAACCGAAAUACAUUAAUUUAUACCAUUUUUUUAUGGUCUAAAACAUGUAAAUAGCUCUAAGGUAACAAUAGCAGAUUACCACUCUUUUUACACUUUGUGUAUUUUCUGCACAUAAAAAAUAAUUACAUAAAAAUAUUUUUAUUUAAAAGUAGUACUACAGUUUUACUUAUACUGUUUCCAACUUUAUUUAACUUAAAAAGAGAUGCAGCCAUUUGUAACUUGAAUGUGCGAGGGCUGCUAUUUCAUUAUUGUAAUAUUUCAACAGAAUGUAGUAAUUAUAAACACUGGUUUGUAGCACAAAUAGUUUUUUUCAAUUACUGCACUUGUUAUUCUUCUUUUUAUUACCUAUACCAGCUAAUGAAUCAGAGGAUUUGCAAAUUCACAAAUAAUAGCUUAUUCUGUGCUGAAAAAUUAAGUGCAUAUCACUAAAGACAUUUUUUAAAGAUUAUUAGACAUUAUAUUCAUUAUCCUCAAGUGUCCUACUAUCAGGGUGUUCUUUUAUUUGCAGGUUACUAUAGACUUGUGCACUGAUCAUUUACUAAAUCUUUUGGUGUUGCACAGUACAUUCAGGGCAC